AUCGCGCAUUAAACUAUACAUUUAAAAUACGAAAAAAAAAAAAAAAUUCAAUCAAAUAAUCUCUCGCAAUAUCGUAACAUUGUAUGCCAUUCGCAUGGAACAAAUAAAGCACGAAGUGAUCCUUUUUAAAAACAAUCCAAGCGCCUUGUAUUUUACAAAAAUGUUCCAAAGGAGGAGAUAAUAAGAAAUUACAAUACUAGCCAUAUCGUAUUAACAUACCUAUCACGUACGUGACCCAGCAAAUUGUAAAAAUUUGAAAAAGGGGAAAAUAAACUUUUUGUUAAUUUUUUUUUUUAACGAACCAUUAACGCAAAUUCACCUUGACCACAUUUCGCCUUCCCAAAAAUGAGUAAAUUGAUGAAAGGAGCCGUUGAGAGCGAGAAGUUUAGACUUCGUCGCAUUCGUAUUGCUUUAACCUCCAAAAGUUUGAGGGCCAUAGAGAAAGUCUGCAGCGACAUCAUGAAAGGCGCGAAGGAAAAGAACCUAAACGUGUCCGGACCAGUGAGGCUACCAGUAAAAACGCUCAGAAUAACGACAAGAAAAUCCCCCUGCGGUGAGGGUACCAACACCUGGGAUAGGUUCGAGCUCAGAAUUUAUAAAAGACUGAUUGACUUAUAUUCCCAAUGUGAGGUUGUUACUCAGAUGACUUCCAUUAACAUUGAUCCUGGGGUUGAGGUGGAGGUUAUUAUAACAGAUUCGUAAAUUAAGGGAAAAAAAAAAAAAAAAAAAAAAAAAUUAAUUUGAUGAAGACAGGGGAUAUACGUAUACGAGUACAAAAAAGGGACCAAUGGGUAUAGAAACAUUUCGUAGAAGAGUAGGAAAAUUGUUACGCCCAAAUUUUGUGCCUGUUGAAAUUGCUGUUUGAAAUGCUUCAUUCCUCCUUUAUUUA